CGGCCGCCGCUUCCUUUUCUUCCUCGUGCCGCCCGCGCCGCCUGCUAUAGUGCUAUCCACUCCCACGCUCCCCAUGGCCGCCACUUACCUCACAGGCCUCAACGCACCACCAGCGGCUGCUACCAGCUGCGGCCGUGCCUUCUCCGGGUCCGGGUCCGGGAGCAGCCGGCCAAGCCGAGCAACGCCGGUGACGUGCCAGGCGUCCAGGAGAUCAGCCUCCCUCCACCUCGGCCUCGCCGCUGCAACGGCCGUCCUGCUCCGGCAGCCUGAUGCCGCCCGCGCGGCCGCCGACGAGGACGAGCCGGCCAACAACGGGUGGUGGCUCACCGAGUUCCCCUUGCCCGUGCCCAAGAUCCUCAACAAGGAGAUCAACAACCCGGAGACGGGGACGCGCUCCUUCCUCAAGAACGGCAUCUUCAUGGCGGACAUCGGCCCCAGCUUCGCGGCGCACGCGUACCGCCUGCGCAGCACGGCCUUCGACCUGCUCGCGCUGGAGGACCUGCUCGGCAAGGAGGCCUCCAACUACGUCAACAAGUACCUCCGCCUCAAGUCCACCUUCAUGUACUACGACUUCGACAAGCUCAUCACCGCCGCCGACGACAAGGCACCCUUCGUCGACCUCGCCAACCGCCUCUUCGACAGCUUCGAGACCCUGCAGCAGGCCGUCACCGCCAAGGACGACACCAAGAUCAGCGACCGCUACGCGGAGACAAAGGUCAUCCUCCAGGAGCUCAUGGCGAAAAUGGCGUAGCAUAGCACCAGCUCUCCGGAUUCAAUUCAUAAUGUAAACCCUAAUAUCGUCAGAAUUUGCAAAUCCAGAGCCUGUACCAGAAUCAGUGGUUUACAACGCCAAAUCAAGAAAAUGAUUUACCACAUGUCAA